AGCUCCGGGCUCUAGCGGUUUAAAAAGCUGGAGAGGAAGUGAAAGCGUCAAGUACAGCUGUGGAUACUGCGCCAGCCCGCGGAGCAUCCGCUAGGAAGAGGGGCGCGAGAGAUCCACGAGAAGGGGCAGCAAGCCGCCUGAUUGACAGCUCGAAAUCUGAUCUUGUGAAAGAGACGCGGAGCCAAUGGGAGGCAGCGAUCCAUCAGUUUGGAUUGGAGGCCCCUGGAGGAGAAGUAGAGGAAAAACCACCGAAUUGAGCUCUGUCAGAGGCGCUUUCGGCUUCCAAAGGGGAAGUACUGGGCAAUAAUUAAUGUUUUUAUUAAAUUUGGAGGGAAUUUUUUGCAGCCGUUCGCCUAGCGUGGCCUUCAGUCCCGUUAGGUGCAAAGCAAGUCUCGUUGAUCGCCAUUGCUAGUUUUGCACACGUUUGCGAAUCAGAGCUGCCCGGGGUACACCGACCGCGCAGGGAAACAUCGAGAGUGUAAAUAAAUACAUCGCCUCUUGUUCGGAUUUUUGCUACUGCCGAAAAUAUGUAAAUUGUGAACUCUCUUGGCUCUCUUUGGAUCCAGCCUAAAAGCCAUCUUGUUCCCCUCUAGGUUGAUAGAAGUCCAGAUCCCGAGGAAAUCUCCAGCUAAAUGCUCAAAAUAUAAAACACUGAGCUGAGAUUUGCGAAGAGCAGCAGAAUGGAUGGAUUUUAUGACCAGCAAGUGCCUUACAUGGUCACCAAUAAUCAGCGUGGGAGAAAUUGUAACGAGAAACCAACAAAUGUCAGAAAAAGAAAAUUCAUUAACAGAGAUCUGGCUCAUGAUUCAGAAGAACUCUUUCAAGAUCUAAGUCAAUUACAGGAAACAUGGCUUGCAGAAGCUCAGGUACCUGACAAUGAUGAGCAGUUUGUGCCAGACUAUCAGGCUGAAAGUUUGGCUUUUCAUGGCCUACCACUGAAAAUCAAGAAGGAACCCCACAGUCCAUGUUCAGAACUAGGCUCUGCCUGCAGUCAGGAGCAGCCCUUUAAAUUCAGCUAUGGAGAGAAGUGCCUGUAUAAUGUCAGUGCCUAUGAUCAGAAGCCACAAGUGGGAAUGAGGCCCUCCAACCCCCCAACACCGUCCAGCACCCCAGUAUCCCCACUACAUCAUGCAUCUCCAAACUCCACUCACACUCCGAAGCCUGACCGCGCCUUCCCAGCUCACCUCCCUCCUUCGCAGCCCAUACAAGACAGCAGCUACCCCAUGGACCACAGAUUUCGCCGCCAGCUCUCUGAACCCUGUAAUUCUUUUCCUCCUCUGCCAACAAUGCCAAGGGAAGGCCGUCCUAUGUACCAACGGCAGAUGUCUGAGCCAAACAUCCCCUUCCCACCUCAAGGCUUUAAGCAGGAGUACCAUGACCCAGUGUAUGAACACAACACCAUGGUUGGCGGUGCUGCCGGGCAAAGCUUCCCUCCUCCUCUGAUGAUUAAACAGGAACCCAGAGACUUUGCAUAUGAUUCAGAAGUGCCUAGCUGCCACUCCAUUUAUAUGAGGCAAGAAGGCUUCCUGGCUCAUCCCAGCAGAACAGAAGGCUGUAUGUUUGAGAAGGGCCCCAGGCAGUUUUACGAUGACACCUGUGUUGUCCCGGAGAAAUUCGAUGGAGACAUCAAACAGGAGCCAGGAAUGUAUCGGGAAGGACCCACAUACCAGCGGCGGGGAUCACUUCAGCUCUGGCAGUUUUUGGUAGCCCUUCUGGAUGACCCUUCUAAUUCUCAUUUCAUUGCGUGGACUGGGCGAGGCAUGGAAUUUAAACUGAUUGAGCCUGAAGAGGUGGCCCGGCGUUGGGGCAUUCAGAAAAACAGGCCAGCUAUGAACUAUGAUAAACUUAGCCGUUCGCUUCGCUAUUAUUAUGAGAAAGGAAUCAUGCAAAAGGUGGCUGGAGAGAGAUAUGUCUACAAAUUUGUCUGUGAUCCAGAAGCCCUGUUCUCCAUGGCCUUCCCAGAUAAUCAGCGCCCACUGCUGAAGACGGACAUGGAACGCCACAUCAAUGAAGAAGACACGGUGCCUCUGUCUCACUUUGACGAGAGCAUGGCCUACAUGCCUGAAGGGGGCUGCUGCAACCCCCACCCCUACAAUGAAGGCUACGUGUAUUAACACAAGUGACAGUCACGCAGGGCCUCCUCGUGCUUCUCCUCUUUUUGCAGGAUGCAGAGACUCUCUGAGUUCUCUUCAAUCUUCGUUUGAUUUUUGUUGUUUGUAUUUUAUUUUUAAAUAAUAAUACACAAAAAGGGGCUUUCCUGUUGCAUUAUUCUAUGGUCUGCCAUGGACUGCGCACUUUAUUUGAGGGUGGGUAGGUGUAAUCUAAACAUUUAUUCUGUGUAACAGGAGGAUAAUGGGUGAAUGGGUGGGGGAAUAUGGGGAUUACUUUUUACUUAGGCGUGGGAUGGGGUCCACAGGUUUUAAGUAUGAUGAAGCUAUAUCAUGUUUAUUUGAUUUCAAACAACAUAAGAAAAUGUUCAUUUUCUCUGGGUAUCUAUGGUACAGUUAAUUCACAUUGUGUAAAUAUCCACAUGGAGACUAUUUGCCUUGGGCAUUUUCCCCUCUCAUUUCUGAGUCUCUGCAAGGUGUACAAAAAACAAACAAAAACAAAAAAAACUAAAAAAAAAAAAACUAAAAAAAACUACUGUAAAUGGCAGUUUACCUGUUAGAAAUGACUGGUUUUGCACCUGUUGUAAAAAGGUAUUUAGAGAUCCCAUUUGCUGUUUUUUGUUUUGUUUUGCUUGCUAUCUGACUCACAGAGGAUAACCGUAAAAUGGGUAAUUCUCUCUGAAGUUGAGUGAUCACCAUGACUGUAAAUGAGGGGCACAAUUUUGGACUCUGGCUCCAAACCGAGUCACAGGCCAGUAGCAUUCCGUGUACCUGGUGCCACCUUGCUGUUGAGACGCAAAUCAUACUGUCAUUUAAAUAUUUUGAAGCCCAUUUCAGUUAAAUAAUGAUAUGUCAUGGUCCUUUGAGAUCUUCAUUUAAAUGUUAAAUCUGGGAUCACAAUGAAGCAAAAAAAAAAAAAUCUAUCUUCCUUGAGUACAUAAAGAAACAUUAUUUAAUCGAUAAGAAUUAACUGUACUAAAUCACAUAUUAUGCUGUUCUAGAUACAGCAAGCACUCCUUAAGAAAAAUAUCCAAUACACUAAAUAGGUACUAUAGUAAUUUUUAGACAUGGUACCCGUUGAUAUGCAUUUAAACCUUUUACUGCUGUGUUAUGUUGAUAACAUAUAUAAAUAUUAGAUAAUGCUAAUGCUUCUGCUGCUGUCUUUUCUGUAAUAUUCUCUUUCAUGCUGAAUUUACUAUGACCAUUUAUAAGCAAUGCAGUGAACUACAGAUAGCAUUUCAGGACAAAAUAGAUGACUCAGACCAUUUAUUGCUUAAAAAUAGCUUAUGCCAUGCUAUGCUCUGAGCAGCUUUGAUGCACAUUGACAAAUGAGGAGUAAGCUUCAGCUUGCUAAGGGAAACUGUGGAAACUUUUGUAACUUUUGGUGAAAUAGAAAAUUAUUUACAAACUGUCGAAGAAUCUGAGGAAGUUGCUGUAUGACAUAGUGCUGGCACUGAUACUCAUCUUGUUUUGGACAGUUGGACACUUGUGUAAAUGUGAUUGGAUUGUUUGAAAGAAGACUUAAAGAUUUAAAGUUUCAAAGGUUUUUGUUUUGUUUGUGUUUGGCAUUUGGAAAAAUAAUUGAAAGCAGGAUAUGUUGUUUCAUUCACCUUGGACAAAAAAAAAAAGGUGGUGUUAUAAUAUCUUUGAAUAGCUUGCUAAACCAUUCAAACAAGAAGCCUGAAUUUUAUUCAAUCCAUCAAUAUCCCAGAGGAACAACAUUUUUUAAGCACCUACAGUGAAAUGUUAAGAAACAAGAAAAUCCUAAACACAAAGCCAAAAUGAACCUAUAAAAGCACUUCUUGACGAGCACAGGAAAGAUUGUCGAAAGAUGAUUUCCUGGCUACCCAUUUCCCAGCGUGGCACAGAUCACAGCUUGUGUGUCUAAAUCAAACAGUUAUUGGGAAACCCACAUACCGUCAUCAAUACUACUCACAUUUAAUCCUACAAAAGGGCCUAUUUUAAUUUCAACGUAUGUAUGUAACCUGUGAUUUCAAUGAUUGUUCUGCAUAUACCUUACAUAUCAUUUGGCCCAUUAUGGGCUAAUAAGUAUGCCUUAAAAAUGAGAACUCCCCCCCCCACUAUGCUCAUAUGGCCAUUUACAGCACUUAGAAUAAAAACAAAUUUUAAAAUAUUCAGCUAAAGAUUUAUUGGAAAGAGAAUUAACGUAUUUGGAGAAAUUGAAGGAGAAAUUAAAAGUGGGUCUUUAAAAUAUCAUCUAAAUGAAAUUGUAUUGAGGAUUCUUUUUCUUUUUUUCCCCGCUUUGUUUCCUUUUUCCUUUUUCUUUUUAAAAUUCUAGUUCUAAUUUCCCAUUGGGGAAGAAUUGGACUAUGAGUUAUCUUAAGGGAUCAAGGAAGAACUGGUGUUAAUUAUAUAAUAUUUAAGGACAAACUAUUUUUCUGCUUAAGGUAGUGACUCACAAAACAAAAUGAGUAAUUGGCCAACAUUAAGGAUAUUUCCAAUACAGAAGGGUUCAAAACUUUGCAUUAUAAACUCUUUUGGGAAAUGUAUUCCAACGUUUUCUUUUUUUUUUUUAAGUUCUGUUUUUAUUCUACUUUUUGUUCGCUUGUGUUUUUAUUUUCAGAUAGAUUAAUAAAUCUGGCAGCUGAUUUCUGCAAGAUUCUCGUGUUUUGAAUUUCUAAUUGAAUUGGCUCCUCAAACGUAGAAAAUUAAUUAGAAAUAUAACAUUUUCCUUCAACUUGGUAAAAUAAACUAAAAGAAAUAUCUCCCUUGGUGUUUGCCACCUCUUGAUGAUGACAAGCUAUUACCCAGGAGACUGAUUCCAACAAAGAUUCAAAGAAUAGUAUAUCCUGAAUAACUAAUUAAAAAUGACUUUUCAUAAGUUAUGCCUAUGAAAAAUGCUGAAAAAUAAAAAUCCACACAAAGCCAACAGUGCAGAUCAGGUCUCUCAAAUCCUGGAUCAAUUUUAGAGGUCAUUUAUUUGAACCUCCUUUUUACAGAUUGUUUUAACUUUCUUGUAGCUGCUAUAACAAAGUUAAUGGGCUGAAGCUACACAAAUGUGUCCUUUUAUAGUCCUGAAGAUCAGAAAUCCAAAAUGAGUCCACAGGUGCUAAAAUCAAAGCGUGUGUGUAGGGCCCGUUCCCUUUCAAAGGCGCCAGGGGAGAAUCCCAUUUUAACCUCUUCCACUUUUAGAGACUGCUGACGUUCCUGGCUUCCAGCUCCUGGCUCCUGGCUUGGUCACUCCAAUCUCUGUUUCUGUGGUCACAUCCCUUUGUCUACUAAAGUCUGUUCUUCCUCUGCCUACCUCUUCUAAGGACACUUGUGAUUUCAUUUAAGGUCCACCCUGGAUAAUCUCUCCCUCUCAAGAUCUUUAACUCGAUCAUAUCUUCGAAGUCAGUAUCAUUCAUGGGUUCCCAGGGCCAGGACGUGGCUGUGGAGGGGCGUGAGGAGGGUGCUGUUACUCAGCCUGUCACGUAGAUGAAGACACUAGUAAAAACCCUGAUUGAUUUACCUAUGGGCAAAAAAAGUUCUGUUGUCGGAGGUAGGAUUAGAAGUUACUGAAGAACAUUUUUGUUUAUCAUUGAAAUAGUUUUACUUUGCAGAAAUGGUACUGAGAGCAUUCUCUUAAAGUUCGCCUGUUCCACUAAAGCAUCUGGUAAUGGCGUCAAGCCUUUACAUGAUUUAAUAACCCCUCAUGUAAAUAUUAGGUAGUGAGAGAAAAAAAAGUAAGGUGUGAUAAUUACAGAGUAGUAGCACAGUUCAUUCUGUUGUCCAAGCCAGAGUUAUAUUUUUUAAAUAAAUUUCUUUUCGUGCUAGAAUGACUUGUUACUAUACCGUCUUAACAUCUGUAAGGGAUUCCUAUUUUUUAGGUGAGAAUUAUAGAGUAUGUCUGUUGCUCAAAACAAUUCUAAAAUAUGAGUCAACUUUAUAUGACAAGGACAGAAAACUUUUACCCCCUGUUAUAGUGUUUAAUUAGCCCGGUGAUGGGAGUUUCUAAAAUGAGUGACUUGGUCUAUCAAGCAAUACUUUCAAGAGCAUAUAAGGACAAAACAUUAGAGAGAAGGCUAUUUGAAUGUUUUGUACUGGGUAUCUUAAAAGAGAAAAAGUAAAAUUUAAAAAUAAGUGAGUAAGCUAUUUUCCAAUUGGAGUUUGACAUGAAGAAGGAGGAAAUAGAGUUGAAAAAAAAAUUAGGUCAAAAUGAUAAAAGGAAAUUAAAAACCCUAUUGAGCAUAUUAAGAAAUUGUGGUAAGAAUUUCAUAAUAGCCAAGAUUCCAGAAAAUAUCAGUGUUGGACAUGAUACUGAAGAAUUUGGCCUAAUAACUCAGAACUGAACUAGUACUUUCAGGGCUUGACUUUAAUAUAUAAUUUUUUAACAUGAGACUCCUUUAGAAAGACUAAUUUAUAAAAAAAUUAUGGAAAAAUACAGUCUAAGAAGAGUGGGCAACUUUAUAGAAGUAACGAUUUUAGAAUGUUAAAUUAUAUAUAAAACAGCUAUGGUUUAGGAAUUCAUAUGUAGCGUAGGUUUUUUUUGUUUGUUUUUAUUCUGCACAUAGACUCCUAUAUUCUUAUUUACUUCCAUUCUAAAAUGGUAUUUAUGUUUCUAUGGGGAAGACAUUUUUAAUUCACUUGGAUGAAUUGAAAUUAUGGUUUGAGAAAACACCCUACGAAAUUUGUGAUUAUAGCAAAUUAAAUAGGCUCAAAAUUUAAAUCUAAAAUAAAAGUCCAGACCCUGAAAGUAUGAUCGUUAUCACUCUGGAUGGUGACACAUCUAAAACUUAAGGCUUAUUAAGUUAAAGUGGCAUAUCUAAAACUUAGAUAAAGGUUGCCUAAAUUUUUGACUUGCUUCUAACCAUCUGAAUCAUUUUAAUCAUUUAAUGUAUGACCAAAGCACUUGAGUAAUGUCUUUGCUGCCCUUCUCCCACUUCCGAUGUAUUAUUCUCUUUCUGGUAAGUUAGGUCCCAGGACAUCUGAUAAACAUUUUUCUAGUUUUAUGUUCUAAUCUCUCUUAAUACAUUAUUUCACUUAAUCUUUUCAGCAACUAUAUCGGGAAGAAAUUUGGGGAAGGGAGCUAUCUAAAUUAUUUCAGUGACUCCCAUGUGCCAGCCAGCAUGCAUGCCUCCAUCACUCAUUGGCUUUAUCGAGGAGAAGCUGAGGCUCGUGGCAAAACAAAAAUGUCCUUGUGUCAAGAUGUCAUGUGAUCACAGGCAAAUUCAUAAACUCUACUUUUUUCUGUAACUUGGACCUAACUACUUUCUUGAUUUAAAUUUCUAACGACUUAAAAAUGUAUGUAACAAUGAUUCACAUUUUGCUGAAACACAGUCUUAAGACAUUUCUUUAACCAUUUUAAUAGUCUUUAUAGAAAAAUCUGACAAAGAAAUCAAGUGCUAUUUAAACACAGCAACAUCAAACUAUGAUUUUUUUUCCAUGUCUUUAAGCAUUUAGAAAUCAAAAUGAUUGAAGUAUCACUUUGUUGGUGGUGGUGUUUUGUUUUGUUUUGUUUUGUUUUCCCCUACUGGAGAAGGAUAUAGCUUAAUGCUACCAAAAGAGACAGAUGUAUGAUCAAAUUCAUCAGAAAGUUGUAAACGCUGCCCCCCAUGAUUUAUGCUAUUAGAUAUGUCUUCUGAAAGUAAUGGAUUUUCCAGAAAAUUUUUAAGGCGCAGUGAAUUUGAAUUUACAUGAUUCAGAAGAAGCAACAGACAGAUUUUUAACUUAGAAAGUAGAACUGAAAGCAUAGAAAUUAUUUUAUAUAGAAAUCUUAAUUUUUUUAAAUGUCACAUUACUGCAAAGGGGAUGGUGACCUCUUAUGUACAUUUUAAUUUUCUGAAGAGCUAGUAAAAGUACUUGUCCUAUAGUUUAACAUGAAUUUAAUUGGAGGAAGAAAAACGUGGGGAAAAAAUGGGAGAAGAGAAAGACAAUGCAGGUGGCACUACUUUUUAAACUACAAUUUAAAAUGCUAGCCUACUUUUAAUACUGCAGAAAUAUUUUACUUUAUACUUAAUCAUAAUAUUAAAUUCUUUAAUUUUUUGUUUUAAAAGUGUGGUAUAAUAUAUAUAACGCAAAACUUGACAUUUUAACCAUUUUUAAGAGUGUGAUUCAGUGGCAUUUGUUACAUGCAGAAUGUUGUGCAACCGUCACCACUAUUUCCAAAACAUCUAGAUCCUUUUAUUCUUAAAGUAUUAUUUAAAAUACCACAGGAGAUACUUUGUUAUACGUAAGAAUUAAAAAGGUAAAACAUGCAGCUUUUUCUGCUUUCUAGUAAUUCAUAUUACUUGCAGUUUCUUCAUUAAUAGGUUGUUCUUGGUUUUACCCUGUAGUUUGCUGGCUUUAUUAAAGAAAAAAAAUAAAUAUUAUGCAUAAA